AUGAGAACUGUGAGGCUACCUAUAGGGCCCAAGCCCCCUAUUGAUUCAACAGACAUUACAGGAAACUUUGGCCCACCCAACGAGCAAGCGCACGUGGCUGCCUCACCGCCACCAGGUGCUGAUUCUGAAAUUUCUAAAGGUUCUGGAGGUUACUUAAUCGGUGUCGGCCGGGCAGAUUGUACUGGUCCUAUAGCUGAUGUAUCUCUUAUGGGCUAUGCCGAUUCUAAUCAAAAAGCUGGUGGCAUUCUCUCACGACAAUAUUGCAGAACUUUCAUCCUUGCAGAGCGAAAGAAUAACACCAAACGAGUAAUAUAUGUGGUUGCUGAAAUAGCAGUAAUGUCUCAAAGAAUAAGGCUAGAGGUAAUAAAACAGUUAAAAGAUAAAUAUGGAGAUCUCUACAAUCACAAUAAUGUGUUAAUGACUGCAACUCAUACCCAUUCAGGACCUGCAGGCUAUUUCCAAAACACCUUGCUCAUACUAACAUCUGGAGGUCUUAUAAAGCCAACACUGAAUGCCAUUGUCAACGGGAUCCUUAAAAGUAUUGAUACGGCCCAUCAGAAUAUGGUGCAAGGACACAUCUUUAUGGGUACAGGUUUGGUAGAGAACAGUCAGAUCAACAGAAGUCCUCUUUCUUACCUUCAGAAUCCAGUUUCUGAAAGACUCCGGUAUUCAUCAAAUAUAGACAAAGAAAUGACGGUGCUGAAAAUGGUUGCAAAUAAUGGCCAAGAGAUUGGAAUGUUUAGUUGGUUUGCCAUUCAUCCUGUCAGUAUGAACAACAGCAACAUUCUGGUUAAUAGCGACAAUGUUGGCUAUGCAGCUUAUCUCUUUGAACAAGAGAAGAAUGAAGGAUACCUUCCAGGAAAGGGUCCCUUUGUAGCAGCUUUUGCAUCUUCUAAUUUGGGUGAUGUGUCUCCAAAUACAAAAGGUCCACACUGCAUCAACACUGGAGAGCCAUGUGAAAACAUGGGGAAUUACUGCGUUAUAGGUGGGGCUAAGAUGUGCAUUGCUACAGGUCCUGGGAAAGACAUGUUUCAGAGCACACAAAUAAUUGGGAGUCAAAUCUACUCAAGUGCAAAGGAAAUAUAUAUGAAGGCCUCAAAAGAGAUUGAUGGUCCCAUCAGUUCGGUUCAUCGAUGGGUGGACAUGAGUAAUGUCACUGUUCAGCUCAACUCUACAUACACGGGUAAAACAUGUAAACCAGCCUUGGGAUACAGCUUUGCUGCAGGUACCAUAGAUGGACCAGGAAUGUUCAAUUUUACUCAAGGCACCACUGAAGGCCACCCAUUCUGGGAUGCUGUCCGUGAUGCUUUCCUUGUUCAACCAUCCAAUGAAUCGGUAGAAUGCCACAAACCUAAGCCUAUUCUACUUCCCAUAGGAGAGCUUACCAAGCCUUACCUGUGGCAGUCCAAUAUAAUUGAUAUCCAGAUGUUUACCAUUGGAUCUGCAGCCAUCGUGGCUCUUCCAGGAGAGUUUACGACAAUGGCUGGCCGAAGAGUCCGUGAAGCUGUGAAAAAAGAAUUUGAAAUUCAAGGAAAAGCAGGAAUGGAUAUUAUAAUUUCAGGAUUGUGCAGCAUUUACACCCACUAUAUAUCUACUUAUGAAGAAUAUCAGGUUCAACGAUAUGAAGGAGGGUCCACCAUUUUUGGACCACACACGCUUUCUGCUUAUAUACAGUUAUUUGAAGGUCUGGCCAGAGCGCUUGCUACGAAUACCACUCAAGAUUUACCAAAUAUUCCAGAGCCACCCAUCUUAAACAUAACAAACCUGAAUUUUUUGCCACCUAUUAUUGAUGCAAAACCACUUGGUCAGACUUAUGGUGAUGUUCUACAAGAUGUUCAACCAACAUACAAAAUGGGGCAGAUUGCUGAAGUGCAUUUUGUAGGAGCAAAUCCAAGGAGUUCUACAGAGUAUAUGUCCAAUUUUACUUUCCUUACGGUGGAGAAAUAUGAUACCAUUUCUAAAGGCUGGCAAGUGCUGCAUGAUGAUGCCUCAUGGGACACUCGGUUGAUCUGGAAGAAAGGCAAGGUGAGCCAAAGUACAUCUAUAAUAGAAUGGCACAUCCCAAGGACCACUGAAUUAGGAAAAUACAGAAUACAAUAUUUUGGGCACAGUAAAAAAUUAUUUGGUUCAGUCCAGGCAUUUAAUGGAUCAUCUUCAACAUUUGAAGUUUCUAAUUGA